AUGAACAAGGCAUCCGCGGGGAAUAUCUUUGUGGUGAGUCUGUCGGUGGCAGACAUGGUGGUGCCUAACCUCCUGGCUCUCCUGGCCAUCUUCCACAAUGACUGGACAGUUGGGGUUGUGCACUGCCAGCUCAGAGGCUUAAUCAUGGGCCUCGGUGUCAUUGGCUCCAUCUUCAACAUCAUGGUCAUUGCCAUCAACCGCUACUGCUACAUUUGCCACAGCCUGCACUACAACCGCCUGUUCAGCACCAGGAACACCUGCUGCUACCUGGGCAUCACCUGCCUGCUCACUGCCAUGGUCACGGUGCACAACGUCUUUGUGGGCUCACUGCAGUACGACCCAUGCAUCUACUACUGCACCUUCGCCCAGAGCAGCUCCUACUACACCAUCUCUGUGGUGCUCAUCCACUUCCUGGUGCCCCUCUCGGUGGUCUGUUACUGCUAGCUGAGGAUCUGGGUGUUAGUCAUCCAGGUGAAACAAAGGGUGAAACCAAAUGACAAGCAGAAACUAAAGCCCAGCGACCUUCACAACUUCUUGACUAUGUUUGUUGUGUUCCUAUUGCUUGCUGUGUGCUGGGGACCACUCAGCUUUAUUGGCCUGGCAGUGGCCACUGACCCGGAAGGGUGUCUCAAUACUGCCAUCUACGGGCUACUCAAUCAGAACUUUUGUAAUGAAUACCAGCGCAUCUUCCUGUGGCUGUGCACCGCUCUAACAGAUUUUGUGGAAGGCUCCAGGUGUGGGACUGAGGGAUUUAUAAGAACAACAAGUAAACAGUCACAUGUAGUGUCAAACAGCAAUCAGGCUGAGGGUGAACCUGUAGGUGAAUAG